AUGUAAAAAAUACACUUUUCAAUUAAGUUUACUGUGAAAAACUAAAAAUCAUAAAGUGGACAACGUUUCGUCUGCUUAAAAAAAAACGCCUCUGCACACAAACUCCCCUUGAUUCUAUCGACGUACUGCGCAUGCUCUGUGUAUAUAGUUGCCAAGGAACUGUGACUGCGAGGAGCACUAAAAUGUCUCUAUUUAAUGACGAUUUUCUGGAAAUCGUCUGGAUAUUUUUUUGAAAUUCUAAUACGAUAAUAUUAACUGGAAGUCUGUUAUUAAAUAAGUUUCAGUUUUGGUGUGAUUUGAAUCUUCUGAUCGCUUUUACAGAGCUGGAAAGAUCGGCAAACUUCUUCAAGUCAAUUGUCACAAUCAUGUGUAAUCUAAUGGCAUGUGUGUCUGCAGCAGAGGUGCAUUCAUAAACAAACUCCGGUAAAAAUUGUUGUUUUCUCGGGGAAUUGUUCCAGAGAACUUUUAACGAUGGCGGAAACUCAGACAAGGCCAGUGAGGGUUGUGCCAUCAGGCAAGAUUUAUCGACAGUUAUUUGAUGCUGAGGUGCAACUCGUCAACACCUUGGAGAAAACGAAGAGUGAUCUCAAGACAAUGGAAUUAAAGACAGCAUCAAUCCCACUGGUCCGAGAAGGUCGUACAUCAAUGGGGGAGAGCCUACUGACAGAUAGACAGAUUGAAUGGAUCGAGAGCAUGCCUAAUGACCACAAGACAGAGAACCCAGUAUUACUUAAAAGGGGAAAGGAAGAGCAGAAAGCUGCAGCUACUGAGCCUGUUUCUGUUGUUGCAGCCAGGGAGGUCAGGGGGUUAGCUGAUUCUGUCGAAGCUGAGAAGACUGGAUCUGAUAUCAUUGAGAGGAUAGCUGAGAGUAGACGGUUAAGACAUGAAGCUGCCGUGGAAGAUCUCCAUCAAGAUCUGACUGUCAUUGCCAAUGAUCUUGAGCCUAGAAUUACUGGUGCAGGAGAUAGACUCAUUCAGCAACUACAGGAGAAUGAUAAAGACAUUGAGAAGAUGCUUGCAAGAAUUGGUGAUGAUGAUGAUCUGCGAGACUACAGUUUGGAUGAGUUGAAUGAACUCUGGAGUCUGAUUGGUACUCAAUCAAUCAGCAGGAGGGAAUGGAUUGUGGAGCUCGACAAAACACUCGAUGGAUUCGAAUGUCAAAGACUACAAAGGAUUCGAGACGUCUUAAAAUCCUACGCUAAAAACAUAGAGAAGAUUGCCUUCUUUAUGCCCCCGGACGUCCAACGUCUGAUCAGCAAAGAGGGUCAAGUUAUCAACCAGACGAUCUUGAACAACCGACGAGCGUACGCAGACCUGUUUACGAGGUUGAUGAAGACGGAUGUGGAGCGAGAUAAGAAUCAUCAUCGUAUCUGGGAGACUAGGGUCUCCGAUUGGAAGAGACUCAACACGGACGUCGCCAUUGACAAAUUCACGUUGUUUAUGCAAAGUGAGGAGGUGAAGAAUCCACCGCGGAUUGGUUUCCUCUUAGAGGACCUGAAGGCAGAGCAGAUGAUCUUCAAUAAUACAAGACUGGAUCUACUUGACUCCCUCAGGGAAAUGAAGCCACCAGGUUCAACCAAGACUGCUGUGUACCAGUGGAAUAAACAGUUGACCACUACUUGCCAACACCUUGAGCAACUACACAUCAAGUACCUAGGAAAGCUACACAAGGAGUAUGAGAGAGUGUGCCAGGAUUGUCUGGACCAAGUGGACAAGUACAGGGAGGAGCUUCUUGAGGCGGGAGUGUCCAAUGAGGAGAAGGUUCAGGAAGUGAUAGAGGAGAACUUCUUGCCUCAGGUCGGCAACCAACAAAGAAUCUUUGAGAAUACUCUGGAGACGAUAGAUAAAUCUUUGGAGCAGUUAGCGGAGCACCACGGUCAGCGGCUGCGCUCGCUGUUCAAAUUUGCUCAGGGGGCAGCCCACCUCUGGGAUGUCCAUGAGAUUGGGUUAGCCAAGAAGGAACGAGAACUCCAAGAAAGACUGGAAGAUUGUCGACAUGAUCAUGACAACCAAAACCAGGAUAUGGAAGCAAACUUGGACAUUAUCAUGGACCGGCUUAGACAAGAAAGUAGUGAAGAAACAUUAGAAGAUCGAUUGCAGAAAGCUCUCCUCAUGCUGGACAAGAUCAAAUCAAGUUAUGAGAGAUUCCACAAAGAUCAGAUGCGGAUUGUCAGAGACUAUCCUGACAUGGUGAAGGAAGAAUUACAGCGCUAUGAUAUGUCUGUCUGUAUGUUCUACGAAGUCGACAGACUACAUCCCACGGAACGGUUGCAUCAGAUUGAGCAGGAGAUGAGUGAGGAAGCGAAAGCGAGAGGCAAGAAAAACCAUAAGAAGAAGACGCCAAGGGGCGUGACUCCCGUUGCCGAUCUAGCCCUGCCUCCAGAGAGUAGAGUUUCAUCAUCAAAGUCUGUGACGAUCAGCAUUAGUCAAUCUAAGAUCAAAUGGAGGAAAGCCUUCAAGAGGAGUUACCCUGGCGACUCAUCGUUUAGCCAGAGCCCUGUUCCCACGGCAGUCAAAGAGGUCCUAGCAACCAAUAAGGGGACUACCUUCUACGUUCUGACCAUCGCUGGGGAGCAUGGGAUAUCAGAGGAGGAUUCUGGGAAGGGUCCCGACACGACAUUCAUCACCGAGAGCGGAGUGGAGCCAGAGGCCGUUGUGAUGUACUCCACGAAUGUUCUGAUUCCCCACGAAUUGUUUGGAGAACUUCGGAGAGUAAUGCGUAUGGAAUUCUUGAACCAUCUGGAGGCGUGGUCAGUGGAGGCUGUUGAGAGAGCAAAUAAUGUGGUUGCCGCUAAGAUCGAAGAACUGAACAGUGAGCUGGACUUGCGCCUUCACUUGCACGGACCGCGCUCUAAGCGAGCCGAACUCGAUAUCCAUCAUGUACGAGCAGCCGAGUUAGUCCUCCACCAGGAACGUGUGUCGCGCCAUUCCAAGGGCAUUAACGGCGCCCUCAAUGAUGUCAAAUCGCGUUUUGUUGAGAUGCAGCAUGAGCAUAACCGGCUGGCAGAGAAGUUCCGCGACGAGAUUGACGCCUUGGAAGAGGUUUUUGUCAACGCGAGCAAAUCGGCAACUCUGGUAGCCCUAUCCAACCAAGUAAGCACCAAAGUUGAGACGCACAUGGACGUGAUCCGUACCUCACUGAGGCAAUUCAGACAAUAUCUGGACGACACAUUACAGAUGUUGAGAGAGUCCAAUGCCAGAUUCAUCAAAUCCUUCAAACUGUUUUCUGAUGGGGGUAACUUCUCCCCUGAGGAAGUUGAUUCCUAUAAGAAGAAACUGGAGAAGUUGGCCAUUAAGAUUGACUCGGCUGAAGGCUUCGUCAUGGCCGACUUGGAAGGCAUGGAAGCUCGGAGACUAGAACAGGCGUUGGACAUUGCUAAUAAGUUCGAGGACAGAUUCAAGCAUCAUCUCUUUGAUCUGACCUUCAUUGAGAAGUUGACCCGAUGGUUGACCAACACCCAGGUCAAGGUCAAAACAGAGGUUGCUGAGAGUAACGGCCAGGCUCAGCGCCUCAUGCAUCAUCUCAACGUACUGGAGAAGAGGGUAGAUGCGUGCGAGAAACCCAACUUAGAUAAAGAGCAAAUCACACCUCUGCAGCUCCUAGAGAGCUUAAAGGCGAUCUUCGCGGCGUUUGACGACCGGAGCAAAUAUGUCAACUGUCUACGCCAGCCGGCCAUCUUGCUGGACUCCCCUACCAAGAAAUCUGGUCUCCCGUUCCAGAGUGCAAAGGUGGCCUUCAGUGGAGACGAUAAACCACAAACACAACAGACAGCUCAGGGGACAACGGCCCUGACGACAUUGGUUACCCUGACAACGCUGAAGUCUGCCAAGCCGCAAAUUGAAGAUUCAGCCGUUUCACUCAUAAAGAACAUUCUGACAUCUCAAAAGAUGAAAGUGAAAAUGACCGGGGACGGUGACACACUAGGUGACGUACCCCUUACCCCUGGGGUGGGGAGACCCCCAGGUACACAGUCCACCAUACAGGCAGAGGAUGCUAAAAGCAGGAGUCUCGGCAGGGCCCUUCAGGUCAAGGCAGUGCAGGACAAAGAGAGAAUGAAACCCAGGAAGAUAUCGCAGACUAUGGACAGUGGGAAUCCGCGGAGGAUAGCGUCAGGAGUUCAGCGAAACAAGAACACCAAUCUGAAGUUCGAUCAGAAAUACUAUAUUUUUGGUGAGAAGCCUGAACGAGAAACGCACUUCCUGGCCCUUAUUAGGCGGAUCCUACAGGACGCCUUGGAUGGUCUGCUCACAACAGCUGAUCUUUACUAUCGUCAGAAGGGUCUAAGGCCACCUACGAGAUCCCAUGCUAUACAUGAGUCGUUUGAGCAGUGCGCUGAUGUUGUUGUGGCUAAGCUACAGUCGUAUUUCAUUCAGGCUGAUGAAUAUCACAAUCAAUGUCUUCAAGAAUUCCGUGAGCAACUUGAGCGACUCGAGAUCCUGAAUGGCAGAGUGCCUCCACUGGUGAUCCGAGAAAUCUUAGACAAACAUCUGACAAUAUCCAAGACGUCACUGUAUGAGGUUUCUGAAGACUUCACAAAUAACCUUGCGAGAUGGGAUAAGGAACGGUCUGAGCACAAGACGCUUCUACGCCCAACUCUAGGCCAUCCACACAACCGCAACCAGCUACAGUCAUUGUGUGACAGUGAGGAGACUCGUAAGAAAGACUACAUGAUCGGCGUGGAGACUAACUCCCAAAACCUCAAGGAAUCGGCAAAGAAUCUUGGGACAGACUUUGUUCAGGAGCUUGCCUCCGCAUCAGAGAAACUACUCUUGAUGUUUGACUCCUUGUUGACUGUUGAUGAAGUAGAAAUCGGUCGUGUUGAUCCAAAGCGUCUCAAGACAAGCGCCCUCAUGCGACGCAAGAAAGCCGGCCUACCCCUCGAGGACAACGAAUACAUUCCUCUUAUAAAACGAGGUAGUCGCCAGUGGGUCGGAGUACCAGUCGAUCAGCUGACCGGUAAGAAUCGGCCGGCAAAACCCCAGCUCUCGGCCGCCAUAACGACGGGAAAGACCACAUUGGCUCACCAGGCACUGGUGGAUUCAAGAGAUCAAGUGUACAAGGAAUACUUGACUGCAUUUGACAAGAACCUGGCUGAGAUUGACCAACAGAGGGAUGAGCAGUUAACAGCAGAGUCAAGAUGGCUUGAAAGCUGGCAGAAAUCCGUCCAGAAAGUCAAAGAUUUGUAUUAAAAGAAGAAGGCAUGGAAACUGCCUUCGAUUUCCAUCUUAAAUAUUGUAGAAUUUGUAAAUAUUUGAAGCAAUAAGUUACUAUGUUUGGAGGAGUGAAAAACAGGCACCAUUUUGAAUUUGUGUUGAUGGUGGUGUGGGUCAGGGUACCAGCUGCAUUGUAAGCUCCAUAAGGACUAUGUGGAAGUGUAGUUGGUAACCUAUCACAUCUUCUGAGCAAGGAAUAACUGUGGUGAACAAAAUAUAAUAAAGAAUUACCUUUUUCAUGAAAAGCAGUUUACAGGUUACAUUUUUAAAAGAGUAUUUUAUUUGAAAUUUUCAUUAGAAUUUGCAAAAAAGGGCAGUAAGAUUUUCAUGUACAUAUACUAAUGGGAAGUAAGCCUCAAGUAUUUUUUCUUGUACUUGAAUAAUGUGACUUUUUCCAUGUAUUCUACCACUUCAGCAACACAACUAUUAAGUUCUUGAAGCAAUUGGGAAUCCAGGGUAAUAAGAGUAUUGUUAUAAGAGGUAAUGCACUAAAUGCCUGGCACAAAAAGUAGCUAAGAACAACAAAAUUAUGCUUACCAGAUUAA